GCACAGGCCCGAAGCCGCGCCUGCCCUCACACCCAAGAGCUAGUGAUUCUCUAAAACGGCUCUAUCCACCACCACCUAGGGAGGGCGACAACUGUAUUACCGAUAAAUCAUCCACAACUCAUCCGUCAACUAGAUAAAUUGUCGUUGACGGCCAUUGAGAUGCGUCGUUUCACUUCAGCUUCGAUCAUGCUAGUCACCAUGGCUUUCACCAGCCCGGCGUUUGCAGGCCCAGCCGCGUACGGCGUCUGCCAGGCCGGCUGCGCGGCUGUUGUCAUGGCCUGCUACUCUGCCGCUGGCUUCACUUGGGGAGCCACUCUCGGCGUUUCGGCUCCACCUACCAUAAUCGCCUGUAACACUUCAUUUGGCACUUGCCAGGCCGCCUGCGCGGCAGUGCUACUCAGCCCCACCCCGUAAUAUGGUGCCGGGAAUAAGGCUCAACUACGUCACAGCGCCAGCCGCUCCACCCUAUACCCCCACCCCCCAUCAAAAAACCACUACCUUUCCAUUUAGUGUCCAGGCCCACCCAGUCUGCAGCGCUUGCAAACUCGCGUUUUAUGGGAUUUAGAGAAGCAAAUGUGUACAGAUUCCUCGGUGAAUUGCGGCUUCGAAAAUAGCACAUGGAUUUCGCGCAAGCGCACCGGAUUGCAAAUUGAUGUGUCCUCCCAGCGCCCUAAUAGUAGCGGUAGGAAGCCGGCGUUUGUUC